GUUAAAAAAAGUGGGCGUGUCUUCAGGUAGAUCCGUCGCACGCGGAUCCCAACCAUUGUGCACAUGUUGCUGUUGAAAAGUGGGAUUAUGGAUCUUUUGAGCAAGUGAAACUGCCACAAUGUCAUCCCAGCUCGGACUUCCGGCGCGAGGCUCAAAUAUAACAGUUCUGAUUACCGAAGUACAUUCAUCUCCCAAUUGUCCGUUAGUUGAGUUUUGGGGAAAGUUGAAUCAGGUCAAGACAUUGGAUCAUCAAUCCCUGUCUCCGGUUAAUUUAUUUCAAGAGUUGGAAGGAAAUCCAGGUGACUUGUGCUUAGUUAAAAUCAACCUUACGUGGUACAGGUGCCGCAUCGUCUCAAGAAAUGGAUCCAACUGCAAAGUGUUCCUCAUUGAUGAAGGGAUCACAUUCAUCACCACCACAAAGUUGCUGGCAUGGGGUAAGGUGGAGCACUUCCAUCUGCCACCUGAAGUGGAGCGAUGUGUGCUUGCCAAUGUUUUGCCACUCUCACCUGAAAAUAGAUGGUCCCCAGGUGCAAUAGAAUUUCUGAAAUAUCUUCGAGGACGGGAAUCGGAGGCACAUGUACAAGAUGUACUGGUUCAGCAAAAAAAGCUUAUUCUGGACAUCCCAUGCAUAUCCAGACAAAUGUAUGAAAUGGGAUUAGCAAAGAAACUGGGUUCCAGCUGGUUCCUGGACAUCGUUAAAGCUUCAGAUCCCAACAGUAGCGCUAAAAUGUUUCCAGCAGCUCUGCCAAUCCCUAUAGGUGAAUUUGAGCAACUGCAGAAUAAGGAGUUGUACAUGUAUCCACAGCUGCUAGCAGGAGCGGUGGAGACUGUUGUAGUCACAGAAGUGACAAAUCCACAGCGAGUUUUUUGUCAGUUGAAGGUCUUUUCCCAUGAGUUGAAAAAACUCUCAGAGCAAAUCACACAGUGCUGUAUUGGUAGAACGACCAGUUGCAGUGUAGGUCCUGAAAUGAUUGGUUUUCCAUGUGCUGCCAGAGGAAGUGAUGGCAGGUGGUGCCGAUCUGUUCUACAACAAGUACUCCCAACUAACGAUCUUGUUGAAGUACUGAACGUUGACCUUGGGACAAAACAAUUUGUUCAAAUGGAGAAUGUAAGACCAUUGGCUCCAGAGUUCUUCAGAAUGCCAGUUGUGACAUAUCUCUGCUCCCUCCAUGGAAUUAUUGACAGAGGGGUUGGAUGGACAAGCACCCAGAUUGACUACCUCAAGACCCUACUCUUGCACAAGACACUCAUUGCCAAAUUUGAGUCCCAAAGUAUCUCAGAGGGUGUUUACUAUGUUACUCUCUAUGGUGACGAAAAUAAAAACCUCAACAACUUGUUCAGUUCCAAAGAGAGCUCUUUGCACGAGAGUGAAAAAACACUGCACAAUUAUGCUAUCGGAAACGCAUCAUACAGCAGCCCACAUCCCUUCCAGCUUAAAAACAAUGAAGGAAAGCUUUUGCUUUCUGGACAAACCUUGGGGGACGGGGAGAGAAUGAACAUGUUUUCAGUUGAGAACCUCCUUCCCAACUCGUCACACAUGGCAUGGGUGGCUCAUGUCUGUAACCCAUCUGAGUUUUGGAUCCAAACACAAAACCACGCAAAAGAGCUGGAUAAAUUAAUGGAUAAGAUGCACCAUUUGUACCAACAUUCUGAUAAUAAAGACGUGAUAGAAACCCCUACCGUUGGCACCUACUGUGCAGCUAAAGCAGACGAUGGUGUCUUCUACAGAGCUGUUGUGUCGGAAGUUGGCAAAGCACACAUCAAGGUGUUCUUUGUGGAUUAUGGAGACACCAAAGAGGUUGAUGGGAGAAGCAUCAGAACUCUCCCUGACAUUUUCAAAGAACUGCCAAAGCUUGCGUUAAAAUGCGCUUUAGUGGGUGUUUGCCCAAAAGAGCAUACAUGGAGUUGCUUUGCCAUUGAGUAUUUCAGCAAAAUUGCCACUGACAAAAUACUUAAGGUAUACGUGAUGGCAAAACGCGAUGAUACCCAUCUUGUAACACUGACUGAUUCUGAGGCAUCAGGAGAAAAGGAUAUCAGUCAGCUGCUGUGUUCUUCUGGCCUCGCUGAACGGGAUGAGAAACCACCCAAUAUUUCCACGCCGCAUUCAAAAGCAGGAUGCUUCGGUGUUUACAAAAACAGUGUGGCGUCUUUUCAGACACAAAACAUUUUUGAUAUCUCCAACAAAGAGAAACAAAUUGAUAAGUUCAAGGCAUGUAUGUUUCCCAUUGGUAGUGUCCUGGAUGUCAACGUGUCCUACAUCAACAGCCCAAAUGAUUUCUGGUGUCAGCUAGCUCAAAACGCUGUGCACUUGAAAUUGCUUAUGCAAGACAUGCAGGCAUAUUAUGCUGGCAGUGAGUUUGAGCCUCUUACAGAAAGAUCUUGUGUUGCUUGCCACCCGGACAAUGGAAUGUGGUACAGAGCUCUUGUAAUUCACACAUACAAAACCCCUCGAGUGGAUGUUCUUUUCGUUGACUACGGCCAGACAAGAGCUGUUUCUCUCCAUGAACUGAGAAGGAUCUGCCCAGAAUUCCUCCAGCUACAAGGCCAAGCAAUUAGGUGCAGCCUUUUCAACCCUCUUGAAGCCAUGUCUGUUGUAAAUGAGUGGAAUGAAGAGGCAAAAGAAACUUUUCACAACUUUGUGGAAACUGCUUCCACUAACAUAUUACCAUUAAAGUGCACUGUAUAUGCCGUCAUGUACAAUGAACAAAGGAUAGUGUUCAACAUGGUGGACCUGGAAACUCCAUUUGAAAGCAUCUGCACUAUUAUGGCCAAUCUUGCCAUAGUUGAACCUGCCAAGAAAGACCCUGGAUCAUCUUUUUGCCUGGACACAUUCUACUACUCUACACACAACAUCAAAACUGGAACCGAGGAACAGGUCACAGUCACGUGUGUGGUCAGCGUCAAUCAAUUCUACUGCCAACUUGAGAAGAAUGCUGAUGUGAUAAAGGACCUUAAGGUAAAGGUAAAUGACCUCUGUCAACAGCUUGCACGUGUGAAGACCCCAACUGUGUUUGGAACAUUGUGCUUUGCAAAAUACACUGAUGGACUGUGGUACCGGGCACAGGUCAAAGCCACAAGACCUUCAGUCCUGGUUCAUUUUGUUGAUUACGGUGAUACGACUGAAGUAGCAAAAUCAGACUUGCUUCCAGUGCCUAAAGAGGCCUAUGACAUAAUGUCUGUACCUGUGCAAGCAGUAGUGUGCUGUCUCUCUGAUGUCCCUGCAGAUGUCCCCAGCAAGGUGAACGGCUGGUUUACAACAACUGCGACCGAAUGUAAAUUCAGUGCACUAGUGGUGGCCAAAGAACCCAAUGGAAACCUGCUUGUGGAACUGUAUCAGAAAGAAAUCCAAAUCAAUUCGAAGCUUAAGAAGAUCUUUCAAAUAGAGUCGCAGAUUGAAGGGAAAGUUCUCUAUGAGGGUCGGAAAGUAGAGACUCCCACUGCAAAUAAGGUACCAAAAACAACUUUUUCCAAAGAAGCAAUGCCAGUUCCUCCAAAAACCAUCCGGAAAUUAAUGCUUGAACCAAAACCAGCACAUCAAGUGAGAAGUGAGAUGCUAACUUCAAAACAGAAUUCGCAAAAUGGUCCGAGGGUUAAAGCCUCUUCAAAAGAAAUGUACUUACCACCACACCUAAGACAGCACUAUGAUGGGCAAAUUAUUAAAAAACCAAGACAAGAACAUCUCAUAGUUGCAAACAACUCAAAACAUAGUGAUAGUACAUUACCCAGCAAAGAAUCUGACAAUGUGCUCCCACAAGCGAAAAAUCCUCAGCGCCCUAAACUUAAAGACAUUCCCAAAAACUCGCUACCAUCGGGUAUGGAGGCAGAUGUUUAUGUCUCGCAUUACAACAGCCCGUUAAGUUUUUACGUACAGCUUGUCCGAGAAGAAGACAACAUAUUCUCCCUGGUUGACAAGCUCAAUGACUUGCUGUCAACUCCUAAAAUCAGCCUCGCAGAAGUGGCUGCAGGGGAAGUUGUUAAAGCCCAAUUUGCAGAUGAUUCCUUGUGGUAUCGCGCAGUUGUAAGAGAAGUACUCUCCAACUCCAUGGCUCUUGUUGAGUUUAUUGAUUUUGGCAACACUGCACAAUUAUCUACAUCCCAGAUGGCCAAUCUAGAUCAGGAAUUUGUGCAGUUACCAAGGUACAGCAUACAUUGCAUGCUAAGUGGUUGUGGAUCUCUUGAACUGCUUGAUGCAGAAGUAGUACAGACUUUAAAGAGAGAUGUGGGUUCCACUGCAGAGAAGAAGCUGAAUUGUCAGUUUGUCCAACUGUCAGAAGAUGUGUGGGAAGUCACUCUAGUGGAUAACGGUGUGCAGAUUCGGUGUGACGCUCCAUCAAGGUGCCCUAAAAUCUCUCCAGACUUUGAACAAGUGGUGAAAAAAGCUGCGCAGAACCCAGAAACAUCACUAAAACCAUGUUCUCUCUAUUACCACCCCGUGAAUUUCAAAGUGGGACAACAGUUAGAGGUUUAUAUCUCGGCUGUAUGUGAUGCUCAGUCCUUUUGGUGUCAGUCUCUUGACUCGGUGGAGCUUGAUAAGCUAUCUGAAAGUCUCUCAGAAAUUGGAAAUGCUGAGAGUAAUGAACAUGUCAGCAUUAGCACUCUCUCACCUGGCACUCCAUGUGUUGCACUUUUUGCUGAGGACCAGCUUUGGUGCCGUGCAGAGGUGUUGAAUAAAAAUGGGAGGGAGCUGUCCGUUCUAUUUGUAGACUACGGAAACACAUCUCAAGUGACCGACUCAAAUGUGAGGGAAAUCACAGAUGACCUUUUAACAACUCCUCCUCAGGCAUUUUUGUGCAAACUUGAAGGUUUUGAUGUGUGCCGUGGCUCUUGGUGUGAUGGUGCUGUAGAUGAAUUGAUUUCAAUCACGGCAGACAAAUUACUGCAGAUGACUAUCACAAAAAUAUCAAGCGAUGAUGGAAAGGUCACAUGCUUUGUGCAGUUGGAAUGUGAAGGACUAAUGAUAAAUGAAAAAAUGAAAACCUGGUGGGUCAGUUCCACACCGGACGACAAACAGAAUGUCGCACAGUCCUCAUUUGAUGAAAGACAACAGUCAACCGAUCCCACAGAAAAAGUGUCCAAAGAUGAAGCUCCUGAACUUGAAGAAAUUGGUGUUAAUGGAGCUCGAACUGAGAGACAUGUCACUAAUGACCUGCUCAUGGCAGUAACCCGUACCACAGAGCACAUUGAGAACUCUGUCGAAGACACGUCAGUUAUUUCUCCUUUGUCCCCACUUGAACAGAGACAUUUGUCAGAAAGCCAGAGCCCAAAUGAGCGUGUAAACGUGGUCCCAACUCCAGAACGCAACAUUUUGUUCAAUGAUAUUGGAAUAGAAGGAAACAAACUUCUCUUACAAAUCAUUGCUGAAAAUGUUGGGGAAAGUGACAAGAACUAUGAUGAGGAAUCUGCCUUAGUGAUGCAAACAACUUGGCCAGGAGAAAUAACAUCUCCAGAUCAGAGCCUUCAAAAGGCCUCUGAUGAAUCUGGGAUCUCAACGUCCCAAUUUAAGGAUUGGGCUGCCUGCAACAUGAGUGCCAGCUCUGAAGUCAUGAGUUAUUCUGUUGCACAAAAUAAAGCUAGCGAUGACUGCAACCUGGCCAAUUCAAGUCCAAUUACAAGUGGGAUGUCUGUGAAAAUGAACAACAUGACAACUAGUGACGAGACUUUGGAAGUUUCUAAGGAGAAUACAUAUUCAGGUUUUUUUUCUACUCUUCUUUCUCCAUCCGUCAGCUGA